UGACAACUCCAACUUCUCUAGUACUCCACAGCGACCCAAAACGAGAAACGAAGAAGCGUCUUCACUGAGGACUCUUAUCCAUGGCUUCCGACGAGCUCCGUGACGCCGGCGGAGAGCCGGAGUCCAUUGAUGACCAAGAAAUCCCCCUUAUUGACGACGAACUCCGUGUCAACCUCCGCCGAACUGCCUCCAACGCCACCUCCCAAGUUGCCCUCAUCGGCUCCAAUGUCUGCCCCAUUGAGAGCCUCGACUUUGAAAUGAUCGAGAACGACUUCGUGAAGCAUGAUUGGCGAAGCCAUAGUCGGCCUCGGACCCUUCGGUAUGUCCUGCUCAAGUGGAUUCUUUGUUUCCUCAUCGGUGGGAUUACUGGCUGCGUCGGAUUCUUUAACAAUCUUGCUGUUGAGAACAUCGCCGGCGUUAAGUUCGUGGUCACUUCCAACAUGAUGCUGGCUAACAAGUAUGCGUGGGCUUUUGUGGUGUUUGCCGUGUCUAAUUUUGUUCUGACGAUGUUUGCUUCGGUGAUCACUUCUUGCAUUGCGCCGGCGGCUGCGGGUUCAGGGAUUCCGGAGGUGAAGGCUUACUUGAAUGGCGUUGAUGCUCCGGAUAUUUUCUCAUUGAGGACUGUGCUUGUCAAGAUUGCCGGUAGUAUUGCUGCAGUGUCUUCUUCUCUCCAUGUCGGCAAAGCUGGACCUCUGGUGCACACUGGUGCAUGCAUUGCAUCGAUACUAGGUCAGGGAGGGUCACGAAAGUAUGGCUUGACAUGCAAAUGGCUUAGGUACUUUAAAAAUGACCGAGACCGGCGUGAUCUUGUGACCUGUGGAGCUGGCGCUGGGGUUGCUGCUGCUUUCCGGGCACCUGUUGGUGGUGUACUGUUUGCUCUUGAAUGUGUGGCAUCAUGGUGGAGAAGUGCACUACUUUGGAGAACAUUCUUCACGACCGCUAUAGUUGCUGUUGUACUGAGAGCAUUGAUUGACAUUUGUAAGAGUGGAAAAUGUGGCUUGUUUGGACAGGGUGGGUUGAUAAUGUAUGACGUAACGGCUGAUAAGAUUACCUAUCAUCUUGUGGAUUUGCCUCCAGUUAUUGUUCUUGGUAUCAUUGGAGGAAUAUUGGGUAGCAUUCACAAUUUCCUUUUGGAGAAGGUUCUUCGAAUAUAUAACCGGAUUAAUGAGAAAGGCCUUGCUCGCAAAUUUCUUCUUGCCGCCAGUGUUUCCAUUUUGACUUCAUGUUGUCUUUUCGGGUUGCCCUGGCUCGCAUCUUGUAGGCCUUGCCCAACUGGACUAAAGGAAGCUUGCCCGUCGAUAGGCAGAUCAGGCAAUUUUAAGAAAUUCCAAUGUGCUCCAGAUCACUACAAUGAUCUAGCAAGUUUAUUUUUCAACACCAAUGAUGACACAAUCAGAAAUCUUUACAGUGCCGGAACGGAUGAUGUGUUCACUAACUUCUCAAUCAUACUGUUUUUUGUCACCUCCUUUUUUCUUGGAAUCAUAAGCUAUGGUGUUGUGGCUCCUACUGGGCUUUUUAUUCCUGUUAUAUUGACGGGUGCAACUUAUGGUCGCCUUGUCGGAAUGCUGAUGGGUUCACGCUCAACGCUCGAUCAUGGCCUUUUUGCAGUUCUUGGUUCCGCUUCCCUUCUCGGUGGAACCAUGAGAAUGACGGUUUCUGUUUGUGUAAUCAUCCUAGAGCUAACCAACAAUCUCUUGCUUCUUCCUCUUGUUAUGUUGGUUCUGCUCAUAUCCAAAAGUGUUGCUGAUACUUCUACGACGAAUAUCUAUGAUCUUAUUGUAAAACUGAAGGGGCUUCCAUACCUUGAAGCCCAUGCUGAACCAUACAUGAGACAACUUACAGUCAGUGAUGUUGUCACAGGUCCUUUGCAAAUGUUUAACGGCGUGGAGAAAAUUAGCAACAUAGUCCAUGUUCUAAAGACAACCGGUCAUCAUGGGUUCCCUGUGAUCGAUGAGCAGCCAUUUGCAGCUUCACGGUUGCUCUUCGGUAUAAUUUCUCGUGCCCACCUUCUUGUUUUGUUAAAGAAAAAGAAAUUUCUGCCUGUGUGCACCUUCUCCGCUGUUGAAGACAUGAAGCAUUUCUCAGCCGAUGAUUUUGCUAAGCGUGGCUCAGGCAAACAUGACAGCAUUGAUGAUAUUGAGCUGACUGCCGGAGAGAUGGAAAUGUACAUAGAUCUGCAUCCAUUUGUGAACACUUCACCUUAUACAGUUAUAGAGACAAUGUCACUGGCAAAAGCUGUCAUACUUUUCCGGGAAGUCGGAUUGAGGCAUCUCUUGAUUAUUCCAAAGUCAUCACAUAGAGAACCAGUAGUUGGCAUUUUAACAAGACAUGAUUUCAUGCCUGAGCAUAUACUUGGACUGCACCCGAUCCUGAAGCGGAGCAGGUCGAAGAGGAUGCGGUUCGGUAAGGCCGCUCUGGUUUCACUUUGUAAGGGCUGUUUUCCAUGGUGUGAAGAUGACUUUUGAAACUUUCUAUAAAAAUUACAGUGAAGAUCUCAUCUUUAUCGUUCCAUUGUAUACAUCUGAAACGUCGGAGGCUCUAAUCCGAGGCUCGGUAAUAAUAUUCGAAAGCUGUUUUAUGCUAUUUUUGCCGGUAGAAUUCCAGUUGUAUUAUCGAUAUUGUAGUUUUUAAAUAGCGCUAUAACAAGGCACUGUGGUGCUUCAAGUUUCUGUUUUGUUGGUAAUAUGAUUGUGUUCGACAUGUCGAAGUAUUAUCUUAUUGGACUGAACAUUUUCCCGUUUCGAUUCAUUUUAAUUUUUAUCAA